AUGGGGAGGACUGGGUUGUUUGAUCUUGAAAGGCACUUCGCCUUCUACGGCGCAUACCACAGCAACCCAGUUAACAUUUUGAUACACACUGUGUUUGUGUGGCCGAUAUUGUUCACCUCUCUGGUUCUUUUGUACUUCACACCUUCUCUGUACACUUUCCCAGCUGGGCUCAGUCAUGGUUUUCUGUUGAAUUUUGGGUUUGUUUUCACUGUGAUCUAUGCCUUGUUUAUGUCUGCUUGGAUAAGAAAGCUGGGUCUUUGGCUGCUUUGCUCUGUGUUCUCUGUUGGGUUGGAGCCAGUUUGCUUGCUGGUCGCCUUGGAUUUUCUUUGGCAUGGAAGCAUCAAAAUGGCACUUGGAUGGUUAAGUUUCCUCUCAAAUUUGAGGAACCACACGGUUGUGCUGGCUGCUCAGUUGUUCUGUUGGACUGGACAGUUCAUAGGCCAUGGGGUGUUUGAGAAACGAGCACCAGCUCUUUUGGACAACCUCGUUCAAGCAUUUCUAAUGGCGCCUUUCUUCGUGCUGCUUGAGGUUCUUCAAACAGCGUUCGGCUAUGAACCUUAUCCCGGGUUUCAUGCAAGUGUGAAAGAAAAGAUAGACGCCAACCUCAAAGAGUGGCGUGAGAAGAAAGAGAAGAAAAUCUCUUAG